AUGACGCGGGGGAAGCAGAAGAUCGACGCGCAGCGGAAGAGCGCGGAGAAGAACCAGAAGUCCAAGGGGUCGCAGCUCGAGGCCCGCGCCGUCGGGCUCAAGGUCGUCUGCCCCAUCUGCAAGGUCAGCGCGCAACUGGCCAACGAGAAGCAGUUGAUUGAUCACUAUGGAUCAAAGCAUCCCAAGGAGAAACCUCCAGGUCCAUCAAAUGCAGAGUGA